GGAGCAGGUGGAGUUCCGCCCUCGCGGAGGAGGUGGAGUUCCGCUCUCGUCGUCGCAGCAGGCGCGGGACUGGGGCUGCGGCGGCUAAGUGUGUUUCCGGUGGAUUCCCAGGGGCGGUCGGAGGUGUGGACUGUUCCUGCUUGCCUGCUCUGGGACGAUGUUCUACCAUAUCUCCCUAGAGCACGAAAUCCUGCUGCACCCGCGCUACUUCGGCCCCAACUUGCUCAACACGGUGAAGCAGAAGCUCUUCACCGAGGUGGAGGGGACCUGCACAGGGAAGUAUGGCUUUGUAAUUGCUGUCACCACCAUUGACAAUAUUGGUGCUGGUGUGAUCCAGCCAGGCCGAGGCUUUGUCCUUUAUCCAGUUAAGUACAAGGCCAUUGUUUUCCGGCCCUUUAAAGGGGAGGUCGUGGAUGCUGUUGUCACUCAGGUCAACAAGGUUGGACUCUUCACAGAAAUUGGACCCAUGUCUUGCUUCAUAUCUCGACAUUCCAUCCCUUCAGAGAUGGAGUUUGAUCCUAACUCCAACCCACCAUGUUACAAGACAAUGGAUGAGGAUAUUGUGAUUCAGCAGGAUGAUGAGAUCCGCUUAAAGAUUGUGGGGACCCGUGUGGACAAGAAUGACAUUUUUGCUAUUGGCUCCCUGAUGGACGAUUACUUGGGGCUUGUAAGCUGAGCCUGGUGGCCUCCUACCCUUGGUCCUGAUCUAGGAAGUGUGAUUGUCACACUUACCGUGUUGUCCAGAGGUCCAGUCUGGCUACUGUUGUGGAGGCAAGGAAGGCAACUCAUUCCAGAAGGCAUCUGGUGCUGCUUUUAGCUUAGCUACUCCCUCCUGAUUUUUCAGUAUGUGUUCUAAGUAUAAAAAGUCCUUGGUUCUCAUGGAA